AACGUUCCAUUCGUGAAUUGAUAACUGAUAAUGCAAGGAGCACUUGUUAGUUGUUAGGCGUAGUGAAAAUGUGUCUCAUUACUUACAACUUUUAUCUAUGCAUAACUCAUUAAAUUUCGCGCUACAGUCAAUCUCAGUGUACGCCUGUUCGAGCCUGUAAACCUCAAAUUCGGUCAAUUAUCUCUUGCUCUAGACAUAGCAUCACACCUGAGUCAUGGUCGAGUUAACCGUUGUAUAGGUUUUUUCUACGCGCCAUUACUUCAUUGUACGCAACGAUCGUCUGUUUUUCAUUCUAAAAACAAAAACCUCAUCUCCAAAAAAACCGACAGUAUGGCCGUGUUUAAGCCUGGUUCGUCCACCGAACCCACUUCUGAAAUCGAACUGACACUGUCAUGCAGGAACUUAUUGGACUGUGAUGUGUUUUCAAAGUCUGAUCCAAUGUGUGUUGUGUUUAUGAAAACUCCAGAAACUACUAAAUGGAUCGAAAUUUGUCGUACUGAAUGUAUUAAUAAUUCUCUAAAUCCUAAUUUUGUUACAAAAGUUCAUGUGUUAUAUCGUUUUGAAGUUCAGCAGUUGAUAAAAUUUGAAGUAUAUGAUGUAGAUUCAAACCUGCAUGAUCUGAAAUCUCAAGAUUUUUUGGGAUCAUGUGAAACUACUCUUGGACAUAUUGUUUCUUCAGUAACACUUACUUUACCUCUAAAAGGAGUAAAAACGAAUAACAAAGGUCAAGUUAUCGUAAAGGCAGAAGAACUCCCAGCAUGUCAUGAUGAAGUCACUUUACAUUUUAAUGGAAAAGAUUUAGUGCGAAGUGAUUGGAUUUCAAAAUUUUUUUCUUGGUUUGCAAAAGCUUAUCCAUUUUUAGAAUUAUAUAAAGUUGGCGAGGAUGGACAAUAUCAAUUAGUGUUUAGAACUGAAGUUGUUAAUUGGACAAACAAUCCUACUUGGAAACCAAUAACUUUACCGGUUCGUUCUUUAUGUGGUACUGAUUUUGAUAGAGAUAUUAAAGUAGUAUGUUAUCAUUUCAAAUAUAAUGGAAAUCAUUCGUUAAUAGGAGAAUUUCAUGUUACAAUGAAUCAAUUAAAAAAAGGCCCAGGACCAGAAAAUGAUCAUAAAUGUGUCAAACCUAAGUCAUCUAAAAUUUGUGGAAGCAUACGUCUGAAUCAUUUUGAGUUGAAAAAAACAUUCACAUUCCUUGAUUACAUAAUGAAUGGUACACAGAUAAAUUGUACAGUUGCUAUAGAUUUCACAGCAUCUAAUGGAGAUCCAAAAGAUCACAAUUCAUUACAUUAUCUUAGUAAUAGACCCAAUCAAUAUGAACAAGCAUUAGUAGCCGUGGGAGAUAUUAUUCAAGACUAUGAUAGUGAUAAAGUGUUUCCAGCUUUGGGUUUUGGUGCUCGCAUUCCACCACACGGCGAAGUGUCUCAUGAGUUUUUCUUGAAUUUACAAGCCAGUGAUCCAUACUGUGCUGGAAUUGAAGGUGUGAUCAAUGCAUACCAUCAUUGCAUUAGGAGCGUUCAGUUAUUUGGUCCAACAAAUUUUAGUCCUGUAAUCAACCAUGUUGCAAAGUUUGCCCAGGCAUAUCAAGAUGGAUCACAGUAUUUUAUUCUGCUAAUCAUUACUGAUGGUGUUAUAACAGAUAUGUUCCACACUAAGCAGGCCAUAAUCAAAGCAUCCACACUGCCGCUGUCCAUUAUCAUUGUAGGAGUGGGAAAUGCUGAUUUUCAAUCAAUGGAAGAAUUGGAUGGUGACACAGUUAAGCUAGAAGUCAAUGGAAUCUAUGCGGCCAGAGAUAUAGUGCAGUUUGUGCCAUUUAAAAAUUUUCAACAAAUUGAAAAUCCGAUGAACGCUAAAUCAUACCUAGCUCGUGAAGUUUUAGCUGAAAUACCAGCGCAACUUGUUGGAUACAUGAAAAGUCGUAAUAUUGUUCCUGAAAGUUUGCAUUAAUAAUACUUUAAAAAUACUAAAAAAAAAUUUACAAAUAUACAAUCCAAUCAUAUUUUUCAAUUUUUACAAUGAAUUAUUGAUAACUUAUUGUGCAAUAAUACUCAUUUUUAUGUGCUUUUGUUGAACUCUUGAGACUGCCAUACCAAUUUAUUACAUUUAUGUUCUUCACACAAAAAUCAUUUUUUAAU